UGCUUGGGGUCAAUCAUGAACCCCAAAAGUUUAACCAGAGGACCCAGGGACAAGCCUAUCUCUCUGGAUGAGCUUCUACCUCAAGCUAUUGAAUUUGUCAACCAGUAUUACGCCUCCUUCAAAGAGUUUCUGAUGCUCUUCUGGAACUGCCAGGGUGGCUGGUCUUUGAAAGAGUUAAAAGGCAUCAUUGCAUUGUUUGUGCCUCAGAAACACGACUGUGUCAAAAUGGUCUUUGACGCCCGGAGCUGUUCCACUGCCCAGGAGAUGUUUGAACACCUCUGCAGACACAUCCGUUAUGCCACCAACAACGGCAACAUCAGGUCGACCAUCACUGUGUUCCCCCAGCGGAGCGAUGGGAAGCACGACUUCCGAGUCUGGAAUUCUCAGUUAAUCCGGUAUGCCGGCUACCAGAUGCCUGAUGGCACCAUCAGAGGGGACCCUGCCAACUUGGAGUUCACCCAGCUGUGCAUCGAUUUGGGCUGGAAGCCUCGUUAUGGCCGCUUCGAUGUGCUGCCUCUGGUCCUGCAGGCUGAUGGCUGUGACCCUGAGUUCUUUGAAAUCCCACCUGAACUUGUGCUUGAGGUGCCCAUGGAACAUCCCAAGUUCGAGUGGUUCCGCGAGCUGGACCUGAAGUGGUAUGCCCUGCCGGCUGUGUCCAACAUGCUGCUGGAGGUGGGUGGCCUUGAGUUCCCCGCGUGCCCCUUCAAUGGCUGGUACAUGGGCACUGAGAUCGGAGUCCGGGACUUCUGUGAUGUCCAGCGCUACAACAUCCUGGAGGAAGUGGGGAGAAGGAUGGGCCUGGAGACGCACAUGCUGGCCUCCCUCUGGAAAGACCGGGCUGUCACGGAGAUCAACGUUGCUGUGCUCCAUAGCUUCCAGGUACGUCAGGUGACGUGGGUCUACCGAUGCUUUGAGAAACUGCCUCACUUUCAAAGUCAGGCAGCUGUGUACCCUGGUCUGCCCAGGACUACUGAGGCCCAUCAAGCUCCUCCUCGUCCUCUCGAAAGCAUCCUGGUUCAGACUAUAAGUUAUGAACCCAGCAGGACCCUGGCCUACACUCACAUCUCCCUUCUCUUGCAGGUGGAGCCCUGGAAGACCCACGUCUGGCAGGAUGAGAAGAAGAGACCCAAGAGAAGAGAGAUCCAGUUCAAAGUCUUGGGGAAAGCUGUGCUCUUUGCCUCUAUGCUGAUUCGCAAGACCAUGUCAUCCCGAGUCAGAGUCACGAUCCUCUUUGCAACUGAGACAGGAAAAUCAGAAGCGCUGGCCCAGGACUUGGGGACCUUGUUCAGCUGUGCCUUCAACCCCAAGGUCCUCUGCAUGGACGAGUACAGCCUGAGCGACAUGGAGCAGGAGCGGCUACUGCUGGUAGUGACCAGCACAUUUGGGAAUGGAGAUGCCCCUGGCAAUGGACAGACUCUGAAGAAAUCCCUCUUCAUGCUGAAGGAGCUCACCAACACCUUCAGGUAUGCCGUGUUCGGUCUUGGCUCCAGCAUGUACCCACAGUUCUGUGCUUUUGCUCAUGACAUCGACCAAAAGUUGUCCCACCUGGGAGCCUCUCAGCUCACCCCAAUGGGGGAAGGUGACGAGCUCAGCGGGCAGGAGGAUGCAUUCCGUAGCUGGGCCGUGCACACCUUCAAGGCUGCCUGCGACACGUUUGACAUUCGAGGCAAACACCACAUUCAGAUCCCCAAGCUCUACACGGGCAGCAUGACCUGGGAGCCUCACCACCACAGGCUUGUGCAGGACUCACAGCCCUUCGACCUCAACAAAGCCCUCAGCCAAAUGCACGCCAAGAAGGUGUUCACCAUGAGGCUCAAGUCUCAGCAGAAUCUACAAAGUCCCAAAUCCAGCCGCACCACCCUCCUGGUGGAGCUCUCCUGUGAGGACAGCACAGACCUGAGCUACCUGCCCGGAGAGCAUCUCGGGGUUUUCCCAAGCAACCAGCUGGCCCUGGUCCAAGGCAUCUUGGAGCGAGUAGUGGACAGCCCCGCAGCCCAGCAGACUGUGCGCCUGGAGGCCCUGGAUGACAGCGGCAGCUGGAUCAGGGACAAGAGGCUGCCCCCCUGCUCGAUCAGCCAGGCCCUCACCUACUUCCUGGACAUCACCACACCCCCAACCCCUCUGCAGCUCCAAAAACUGGCCAGGCUGGCCACAGAGGAGUCUGAGAGACAGAGGCUGGAGACCCUGUGCCAGCCCUCAGAAUACAACAAGUGGAAGUCCACCAACAGCCCCACGUUCCUGGAGGUGCUGGAGGAGUUCCCAUCGCUGCGGGUACCGGCUGCCUUCCUGCUCUCCCAGCUCCCUCUUCUGAAACCGCGCUACUACUCCAUCAGCUCCUCCCGGGACCACACACCCACAGAGGUCCACCUCACCGUGGCCGUGGUCACUUACCGCACCCAAGGUGGCCAGGGUCCACUGCACCAUGGCGUCUGCAGCACGUGGCUCAGCAGCCUGAUGCCCCAGGACCCAGUGCCCUGCUUUGUGCGAAGUGCCAGCAGUUUCCAGCUGCCCGAGGACCCCUCCCAUCCCUGCAUCCUCAUUGGGCCGGGCACAGGCAUCGCGCCCUUCCGCAGUUUCUGGCAGCAGCGGCUCCAUGACUCUGAGCACAAAGGGCUCCAGAGAGGCCACAUGACCCUCGUGUUUGGGUGCCGCCACCCAGAGGAGGACCACCUGUAUCGGGAGGAGAUGCUGGAGAUGGCCCGGAAGGGGGUGCUGCAUGAGGUGCACACAGCCUAUUCUCGGCUGCCCGGCAAGCCCAAGGUCUAUGUUCAAGACAUUCUGCGGCAGCAGCUGGCUGGCGAGGUCCUCCGCGUGCUGCAUGAGUCCCCGGGCCACCUCUAUGUCUGUGGGGAUGUGCGCAUGGCCCGAGAUGUGGCCCACACCCUGAAACAGCUGGUGGCCGCCAAGCUGAGCUUAAGUGAAGAGCAGGUUGAGGAUUAUUUCUUCCAGCUCAAGAGCCAGAAGCGCUAUCAUGAAGAUGUCUUUGGUGCUGUGUUUCCCUACGAGGUGAAAAAGGACAGGGCCGCGGGACAGCCCAACACAGGCCUCUGACGACCACUGGAGCAGUGAAAGCUGCUGGCGUGGAAUUUAAGGACUGAGUCGACUCUCAAGCUGAGGACAAUGUCCUGGGGAGUUGGAAAACAGCCAUCUCUCCAAGCCCUUCUUAGUUCCACCAUCCUUCUACUUGACCUACUACCAAGUAGCAUCCUGGGCUGGUUUGGAGCCAGCACUCUCUCUGAGCCCACCCUUCCUUGGGCAAUGGAGUGCGGGGGGUAGGGGUGGGGGGCCUCGCUGGCCCCUUGGAGGUUCAGUCCCUGAGCCAGGCCUGGCAAGAGGGGUGUGCAAAAGGGGAAACCUUAUUCUGGUUGCAGCACUGUAAGUGGCCACCAGGAGGCGCUACCACAACACUCUGUAUUUAGCUGCCUUGUGUACAGUUAUUUAUGUCUCCGUAUUUAAAAAAAAAAACAACCCCCAACCCCACUCGCAGCAGCCCC